CGAGUCGACAAUGUGAAUGACGCUCACCAUCGAGCUACACAUUUCUGCCAUUCCCCUGUCACCCCUCUGGCUGCCAAACAAAGGUGCCUCCACUGCUUAGGACGGAUCAUGUCUUUUGCCUCGCCAGCUCGGGCCGCACUGCGCCGGACGACUGUGUUGUGCGGAAACGCAGCGGCAGGUCCAAGUCGGCCCGGCCUCUCCAAAUGCAGAGAUCCCAGAACUUCUUCUUCUUCUUCUUCACCAUCGUUGCUUCAAGGCGGUCAUGCUCAGCAAAGAAGUCAGCUGCACAGUCUACCGCAUCUCCCUGCCAAAUUGAGCACGCCGAAUGCUUGUUAUCCUCUGUUUGGCCCCACCACUCUGGACUUGAUCUGGAAAGCUUGGCAGAACAGCCUGCUAAGGAAAGUGAACGACCUGGUGCAAGGCACCGACCUGGAGGACCGCUCGAUUGUGGACACUGUCAUCGCAACGGCUCGAGACCCGCAUCGCAUCCUGAUCUUCAACGCAGCUUCACACGCCCUCAACAAUGCCUUCUUCAUCAAUGGUCUCAGGCCCAAACCGCUGGAAGGCUUGAGCAUAAACGAGUGGGCCGACAUUCCGCCGUUCAAGCCGAAGGGUCAGCUACUUGACGCGAUCACCAAAGAGUACGACUCUCUGCCCGCCUUUAAAGAUGCAUUCAGCGCCACUGCAGACGGCAUGUCAGGCUCAGGCUACGUGUGGCUGGUCAGAGACGCGUACCGGAACCUGGGCAUCGUACCUACCUACGGAGCUGGUACUGUGAUGGUGCAAAAUAGGAUUCAACGGGGAGCGCACGUCGAGGGAAGUACUCCCCCGUCAGUCCCUCAAGGUGAAGAACAACCUGCUGGACCUUCCAGCAACCUCGACUCUCGCAUUGGUGCUACCUCUGUCGAUUCUGGAGCGUCCGGCAGCAGCAGCAGUACCAGCAGCGCUCUCAGCAAUUCUCGCCUUGGAUCGUACGGGACCAACUCUUCUUGGUACGCAGCAGGAGGCACAACCAGGGUGCAGAGGACAGGGGAAGAGCUCUAUCCGCUCUUCUGCAUCUCUAUUCAUGAACACACUUGGCUGCCUGACUACGGCAUGGAGGGAAAGGACGAAUACCUGGCUAGAUUUUGGGAGGUGCUCGAUUGGGAGAGGGUGGGACAGCUCUACGAUGCGUACAAUAGGCAGGACGAUGACAAGCUGUAGAGGCUCGUGGAAUAGGCAAGCGGUGAUGACCCAGUAUAGCAAUGCCAUGCCCAAGUCAUCAGAUGAUUAGCCACUCCUACGCUUGUGCGUUCUGAAAUGUGCCAGAGAGGCGCUUACGUUUCUACCCAACCC